AAGAUAUUGCGUGCUGUAUCUGCAGCUUCUUCUUGUGAAUGAAAGCUUAUCCAACGCAGUGCUGAGGGCCCCCGCCAAUUCUUCCGGGAGUGCUGUUAUGAUACAAUCAUUUCCUGCAAUCAACUCUAUUUGGUGUGGUCAAAAACUAGACGUGUAUGUGAAAUUUGGAAAAUACAUUUGCUUUUGAAAACGAUAAGAAACCCUCAGUUGCGUUGUAGAUACUAGAUACCAAUAGGAUUGCCUCCGAUAUGAAAUACGUGUAUGUGAUUAUUAUCGCCGUGGUGUGCUGCAGCGAGAUCUUUAUAGCAUUAGCAACAGGGACAGCAACAUCAUCCAGUUAUUUUGUCCUGGCGGAGCACGGCAAGUACAAGACGGUACAACACCGUGCUAUCGCCUCCUCGGUCCAGGAAACCAGGCGGCAUUGCGCGGCCGCGUGUCUGCAGGAAGAUCUGUGCCAGCAGUUCUGCUACGGGCCUUCCACAGGGCAAUGCGUGCUGGAGGAUGCCUCCUUCAUGUCACUGUCUGGACGUGGAACUGACAACUGCACCUACUACAGCAGACAAGUGUGUAACAGUUCCUACCACCUGACUUCAUUCCACGAGCACAUGUUCCCAUUUCCGGCCUUUAAUGGGGAGUUGGUGCUAGACGCCUCUGUGCUGUGCCGGGCUCGUGCGAUGAUCAUCUUUUCUGGGGAUGGCACCAAAGCAGGCACCAAGUACCAAAUAAUAUUUGAUCAGGCCACCAGGAUGCGCCGAUGCACGCAAUGCUCCCAGUUGAUUUCUGUGCAAACUCCAGAUGUGUUGAGUAAGUAUGAGAUGCGACGCUUUUGGCUGAGGUACAACCAAGGCACCUUCACUCUGGGCAAACAUGAUGAGGCGCCGUUCUUACAGUGGACUGAUUCGACGCCCCAGGCUCCUCUGUUCGUCGGCUUCUCUAACUGGGAUUUUCCUGCGACGUGGGUAGUCCAUCAUAUUUGUUAAAUGAAGACCAAACUGAAGGGCUAAGCUGGUUACCUCUUAUGAAGUUCUACGUCCUAUUUGUCUCACGCCUUUAAUCUUGCGUCCCAUUCAUUUCACGUCCACCAGCCAUUCGUCCCAUGAGCCUCAUUUCUAUAACCUUUUGUAGCUUGGAUAAACUGAUUCAAGUCGAUCUACUGAUGAUUAGGUAAAGAUUCUUUAAUACUUUCAAUAAAUCCCGGUGGACUGAUUGGUGAAUUGUUGAUAUGAUGUCACAGAACUGUCCCUUGUAUUUUACGGUACCUUUUUUUUUGUUCAGGGAAAAAGUCUUUGCAAAUUACAUACACUGGUUUGCAAAACAGACUCUUGUCUGAAUCAUUAGCCACUGGUAAUUCAUUAUAAAGUUAGAGUGGUUCCAGUCCCUGCAUUUUCGUAUUAAAAAAAACUACUUUGGAAUGAGAUAUAUCUUGUGGAUGCAAUGGGGGUGCAAACCAGUCAAAUGAUUAGAAGUUCUAUACAAAGGGUAGCGUAGAGUAGAACGAAAAUUCAGUGACAUAUUAUCAACCACCCUCCAAUCAGAUGAUGGGGAUUUAAGCAGGUAUACUAUUAAAACAAAGAAUAAAUGUUUAGUGAAGGAUAAUUUUUUUUCUCCAUUGGGCUCCGCCUUGUACAAUCUGUCACCUCAUAGAAUUAAUCUUGCCAUGGCACUAAUAAAAAAAUCAUUAUUUGUAUGUUAGUGACAAGGGGAGUUCUGAUCGAGAUGUCACCAUAUUCCAAGCUUUGCUCGUUUUUCUUGUCGGGGAAUGGGACAUGAGACCAUUGGGUGUGGUACCAACAUGAUGGCGAACCAAUGAGACGUAGGGUUAUACAGACGUCCCUGGUUAAUUGCAGGUUACACUCCGCCCUAUCAAAGCACACUUGGCAGAGAACCAUUUCGUUGGAAUACAUUACUUUAUAUCUUUGAGCUCUCAUGCAAUAGAAUGAGAUAUCUAUAUUUUCCAGCAAUUUUCCAGUGUCCUUGGUGUAGUGGAUGUAAGCAAGAGGUUAAUUUGACAUUUGGAUAGCACAGACAAGUUGAUCGUUACUGGUAAUUAGCUUUUAUCAAUGCACAUGCACGAAAACAAGCUCUAAGUACACUAGGUAGGCACGUUUGGAGGUUUUAAAUAAAAUUGAUGGAGUUAGUUUUUGAUUAAAAUUCCACCACCAACUUGCUCUGUGUUCAAGAACAACAAUUGAAUUUUUAAUUCUUUAUGUCGAAGGGUAUGCUAGGCAUCUCCACCACAUGUUUAUAUAAGGAUAGUUGGCCCCUGCAGUUGUCAAAAAGAAACAUACAAACAACCCAAUACACCACCAAACAGCAGGGCUCCAACUAAAAUAUUUCGGCUUCAAAGAAACUAGCCAAACGCUUUGAAAGAUGCCCUAAGGACUCUGAGUGGCACUGUUCCACACUUGAAUGCCUAUUGGGAAUUUAUACUCUUCACACCUCAUCCCCUAUAUAUUUGAAAUUCCAAUAUAUGUUGAACCAGAAGAUUUAUCGGUUUGGUAUUUGUGGAAUAUUUUUUUUUCAAUUUUACUAUGGACAGAAGGCGAAAACACGUUUCAAACUAUGUAAACAGGACCAGGAGAGAAAUUCAUAUCAAAGCAUUUUAAUUUUUGACACGAACUACACGUUUAUAAUUAAUUACAUCAAUUGACCUCUUGUUCCUUAACUAUUGUUUGAAUAUGAUUUAUCGUUAUUUUAACAUAUCAAAUAUCUUUUUCAAUGAUGUGACAUUGGCUUCGUAGUGCUGUAUUGCCCAACUACUUGAUUGCACUUUUGACCAAGGUACUGGCUUUUCUCCAUGUGCUUGUUUUAUUGGUAAAAGUAAUUCCUACUUUACGACUAACGCCAUUACUGUUCUCUGGCUUGCUGCAUGCCAGUUGAAUUAUUCAGUGACUAAGGGUUUAUCGAAGUCCAGAAAAGUGAACAAAAAUGAAGCCUGACUUUUCAAAAUCUUAGGAACUGUUGAAAAAUGUUGGGCCAAAUAAGUGACAUUUGCAUAGAGUUUUAACUUUUUUUUGUUUUCUUGUUGGCUGUACAGUUUACUUAAAGAUACGCAUGCAACCUUAAAAGUGCAGUUUACCUUUUUUAACAGGUUUUUAGACGUAAAGUCCCAGAUUAAUCACUUUAACUUGCACAUUGAUGUGUGUUGAUGAAUUGUUUACAAACAUUAACAGUCUGUACGGACCAGAGGCAACUUGCAAGUCUGCAGGUUUGAUACCGAAUAGACAACUGAAUAUAUGGCUCACCGACUGCGCAUAGGUAAAUCUUUACAAUAUUAUACAUUCUCCUUCUUGCAAAUGUGAAAAGAAAGCGAACUUGCAUUAUUAAGGAGCCCUAGGAACGGUAACGCCAGAAAUGAAAUAUCAUAAAUGAAGUCACUCUACCCAUCUCAAGGUAACCUUCCCACAACAUUACACGUAAUCGAAGAGCACAAACCCAGCACGACUGCUUUUUGAGGUGGUCUCAGGAAUCAUUAUUCUGCAACAUUAUGAAACUUUACAGGGUGACCCUGUGUAAAAUCCUCACAGGCGAGCCUUGUAAGGGCCUUCCACCCUUAGGCUCUGUUGGUACCAAGUUGCCUCUGAUAUAGCCGUACAAUCUGUGACGUUUACUGCAUACUUUCAAAGCCCUGGGUAGAAUACCUAGCUCCCAAAACAUUUAGGGGUCGAGGGACACGUUAAAAGGAACAUUCAUGACAUCAUAUUUGGAGGGUGAUAUCCCAGACUCCCCCAUUGCAUUGUUAGUAUCCCGCGGUACACAGUUUCUCCGUAACGAGUUCAACCAAUUUUGGUUAUUUCCGUUCUUUUAUUUUCAGCCGCUUACCACAAACCUUACUAAGACAGAUGCUUAAAGCUAUUAACACAAGUAGCAAUAAAACGUUUAAUUGGUGUCAAAUGAA